UAAGUUGGGUUGGUUGACUCAAGAACUGCAACACAUUUAUUAAAAGAGGACCAUUGUCACAAGCUAUGUGUCCUUUUAAAACGACACUUAUUCAAUUUAUUUAUUAAUUUCACAAAUUCAUUUAAACAUAUGAUAAAAAAGACAUUAAUUUUCUCAAAUCCCCAAGAAAGAGAAUCACACAAUUUUUGUGAAAGGUAGCAAGUGGAGGUUUCAAAGGUAAAAAUAAAAGCUUUUCUUUUCUAUACUUAAUAGAUCGGGUUUCAAGUUUCAAAGGCUAGAUUCAAAAGGGGUUGCGUUGAUCUACACCAAGAUGCUUCAUUUGCUUUGAAAAAUCCAUUUUUUCUACGAGAUUCAGCUUUUGAGAUGAAUCAGUUAGUUGAAAGUUCUGCUAAUUCUCAAAGGGUCUCUAGAAUUCAAGCUCCACUGGUAGAUUCUGUUUCAUGUUAUUGUAAAGUAGAUUCAGGCCUGAAAACAGUAGCUGGGGCGAGGAAGUUUGUUCCAGGAUCAAAGAUAUGCAUCCAACCUGACAUAAACCCGAAUGCACACCGGAACAAAAACUCGCGUAAAGAGAAGACAAGAGUUCAGCCUCCUUUGCUACCUGGUCUUCCUGAUGAUCUUGCUAUUGCUUGUCUAAUUCGUGUACCCCGAGUUGAACAUAGGAAACUGCGUUUGGUUUGCAAGAGAUGGUAUCGCCUUCUGUCUGGAAAUUUCUUUUAUUCGCUCCGGAAAAGUCUUGGAAUGGCAGAAGAAUGGGUUUAUGUCAUCAAAAGAGACCGUGAGGGAAAAAUUUCAUUGCACGCUUUUGACCCCAUCUACCAAAUAUGGCAAUCCCUCCCGCCUGUUCCUGGGGAAUAUUCUGAAGCAUUGGGAUUUGGCUGUGCCGUUCUUAGUGGUUGCCACUUGUACUUGUUUGGUGGAAGAGAUCCGUUGAAGGGAUCUAUGAGGCGUGUCAUUUUCUACAACGCCCGUACAAAUAAAUGGCACAGAGCACCCGAUAUGCUGCGGAAACGUCAUCUUUUUGGUUCUUGCGUAAUGAAUAACUGCCUCUAUGUUGCAGGUGGGGAAUGUAAAGGAAUUCAAAGAACUCUUCGAUCUGCUGAGGUUUACGACCCUAAUCGGAACAGGUGGAGCUUUAUCUCGGAGAUGACCACAGCUAUGGUUCCUUUUAUUGGUGUUAUUCAUAAUGGGACAUGGUUUUUGAAGGGGCUCGGGUCAAAUCGCAAUGUCAUCUGUGAAGCCUAUUCACAGGAAUCUGAUACCUGGACUCCAGUAAACAAUGGAAUGGUUGUGGGAUGGCGUAAUCCAAGUAUCUCACUUAACGGAGAACUCUAUGCACUUGAUUGUCAGGACGGCUGUAAGCUCAAAGUAUAUGAUAUGGCGACGGAUUCAUGGAAGAAGUUUAUCGAUAGCAGGCUUCAUUUAGGUAGCUCUCGUGCUCUCGAUGCUGCUGCUCUUGUUUCACUUAAUGGAAAACUAUGCAUUAUACGCAACAAUAUGAGCAUCAGUCUUGUUGAUGUUUCGAGUCCAAACAGACGCGUUGAAAGCAAUCCUCACCUCUGGGAAAAUAUUGCUGGAAAGGGUCCUGUCAGGUCUUUAGUUAGGAAUUUAUGGUCGACUAUCGCAGGGCGCGGUGGUUUGAAGAGUCACAUUGUUCACUGUCAAGUUCUUCAAGCCUGAGACGAGAUCCACAAGUUCUCUAAUAAUAUUGGUUACACAGAUAAGGAAAUUGUUGGUUUUCAGAUUAUGUUUUGUAAAGAUGAAGAUUUUGGCAAUAGAAUUGAGGUCAACCGUUCACUGUCAUGAAUACCGAAUAGGGAGCAUUAUAAUGUAAAUGUUGUUUCGCUCUAAGGCUCUGGAUUUUCAUUAGUUACAAUAUAUAUUUAGGUUUUUGAGCCAUGCAUUGAUGUUGUAUAUGAUUUAUUUGAAAACAACAUAUUAUCACAGUUGUAUCUUUAGUCAAGUUCAUUUAUAUUUCAGUUAGUAGGGGAGAAGAGGAUAUCAUAUCCCAUGUUGUGGCAAAAGCUGUUCCAGUUUGAUAUGUAAAACUUUGAAUUACUGAAGAAUUUUCCAUGGAUCUCAAAAUUAUAUCCAUCAAAUGUAUUCAUGUAUCGAUCUCUCUUAAGAAAUAAGUAGACUCUUUUGCGCA